ACUGUAAGAAAGUGCACUCAACCCUCCUGUUAGCGGACGGCCACACCGCCGCUCAUCCACUGCAGCCUACAGUAGCCUCCAGAAAGUUUUACAGAAGGACAUUUCGGCCCAGCUCCAAACACUGCCAGCCCGUCCAUUAGGAGGAUUAUUAUGCGUCCGAAAGCCGCUGCUUCUUCACCCUGAGCUCCAUCUGCCUGAGUGUCCAAGGACAUGAAACUCAAUCCACAGCAGGCUCCAUUGUAUGGGCGGUGUGUUAUCACAGUGCAGCUCGCUGAUGAAGAGCUGGCUGGUGAGGAGGGCGUGGACUACUUCCUGUUGUUUGCUGGCAGCACACAGAGGCACCUGACCAGCACCCUAAGGAGCAAUCAUGACACCUUGCAGGCAGUGUGUCCCGCUCAUGACUGUUGCGAGGUGGUGUUGGUCACCUUGUGUUCAGUCAGCCGAGGUGUCCCCAUGACCCCCGAAGACCUAAAGCCCUGUCUGGGUCGCGUGGCUCCUUUGGCCGAGCAUCGAUUCAACUUUGUCCAGGAUUUGGCUUUUGACAUGGCCCAGUUCCUGGUGAGCACGGCGGGUCGGGCUGACGGCCUCGAUGGGGCGCUGCUGCUGGAUGAGUGUCAGAUUCCCCUGCAGGAGUGUGAACGUCUGGACGAGAGCCUGGCGCUGGCCCUCCACCAUCUAACGCUGCCUCCAGGAUGGAGCUUACUUGGGAGAAAACUAACCAACAACACUGACCCGAAUCCUCAGGAGACUCUGCUGCAUUUCUCAGCACGUCGAGGUCUUUUUCGGGUUACGCACUUCUUGCUGCAGCAGUCUGGAGCGAGAGAAGCGCUGCGGUUGGCCAACAGACAAGGCCACACCCCCUCCACCAUUGCAGCCCUCCGAGGACACGAACGCCUCCGCGAGCUCCUCACAAAGGCUGAGACGGACACAGAGACGGACCAAGGGACUGAGACUGUCCAGCUGGUCUCUAAGGAUGCCUGGAUAGUUUGCCACCUCCCCAGGCUGAACACACACACUCUGACGCUGAGCAACCACCCUGGCCACGACCCUUUGACCCUUCAGAGGAGCGUGGAGCAGCUGCUACACAUGAUAUGCCAUCUCCAUGCCAAGGGAGUUUCUGUACUGGAGCUGCAGUUUGAUUCUCUCCACACCGCUGCUGAAUGUUGUGAUGGUGUAGAAACAGAGAUAACCUGUCUGGAGCGACUACAGCAGCCUUCUCAAGCAUCCCAGUGCCUGGAUACAACAACAGGAGGGAACUGGGAUGAAAACUGCUUUGUGGAAAGCAGCAGUAGUGUUGAUAGUGGACACGGUGAGACUGGGAAUGCAGAGAAAGACUGGAGUUUGUCUGUGAGUACUCCAGCGUCAGAGGUACGUCCCCAGGUGCAUGGACUCGGACCCCCAGAGGACUGGGUGUGUCCCAGUUCAAACACUGAGAGAGAUUACUGCCAAACAGAGGAGGAGGGAAGGGAGCAGCCUGUUGUUUCCAGCCAGAGUUUGAGUUUGUGUGACAGGAGUGAAGGAGCACAGAGUGAGGCAGAAGGAGAGAGCUUUACUGUGGGAAUCCUACCACCAGCAGGCUGUGGUAAACAGGCAGAGGAAACUGAUAGAGGGGAGGCUGUGAUCCGGGAAGGAGAGGAGGCCACGGAGGGAAAGGAUAUAUCAGGGCAGGAAGCAGAGGACAGCACAGCUAAAAGGAGGGAGGAGGAGACCAACUCUGAGUCAACAGAUCUAAUAACGCCCAGUGGAGACACGAAAGCUUUAGUCAUGGGCCAGACGCCAUCAUCAGAGAGCUCUAACGUAUCUGACACCUCUGAUUCUGAAAUGAAGGAGUGCUGUCAGGAAGGAGAGAACGUCGAGAAAGAAGAGAUGAAACUUAGCCAGGAGCACUGUGACGGACUCUCUUUAGAUGAGGAGAGGGCAGAGAGUAAAGGGUUAACAGACCCUUCAUCAACCCCAGGAGACCUCCCCAACCCAUCGCUGAUGGACUACGGUGAUGUAAUUGAGGAGCCUGAAUCUGCUGUUCCACGUCCCUCGAUAGAAGGCCUCCACGAGGGGGAACCUCCGCCAGACAUAAACAGCCUGGAACAAAACCAGGAAACAGCUGGUAGGGAUUACGCUACAGAGCAGCGGGGCUUGGCUCCAGAAACUGGUUGUCAUUCUGGGAAUUGUACUGGAACAACCAGUGGUAAAGAACUAGAUCGUGAAGACGUAGCUCAGCCUUCUGGAUACAGCAUUGAAAGUACCACUUUGCCUAGUUCGGACGAACCUGACGAUAUAGCUGACUGUCAGACUACUGGAAACUCCAUGGAAGAUAUACAGACAGAUCCAUCACUUGAACCAUCACCUGAAAUGGUUCCCAGAUCCAGUAAUAGACAAGCUGAUCUUGAUUUAGGGAUUACCCAUGGCCUCUCCAGUGAUGAUGAUGGCAGUUUCCAAUCAGUCGGGAGCUCCACAACAGAAAUAUUCCACCCAACUCAGGACAAUACUUGUAUGGUGAAUCCGGACUUGCUUCAAACCAAGAUAGCAGAACUGUCCUCAACAGGAUUAAAGAUGGAGGGACUAAAUGAUUCUAAACCUGGUGAAAACAAUGAACCGGACACUGGCAGUGAACUGACAGUGACAGACUGCUGCCAGACUGGCACUGAGCCUGAAUCACAACUGUCACCCAGCCUCCAGACAAUGGAGGCAUUGAAUAUAGAGGGGACAGGAGAGGAAAUCGCCCCAGAACUUUCCAACGAGAAUCUGUCGUUAGGUCCUGCGCUGUUACAGAGCGGGGACUCUUUAAUGGUGAAGGUCGAUGAAAGCAAACCUGGAGAGGCGGACGACUCAGAACUGAAUGCUGGGAUUGAGUAUUUGGCAUCAGAGGUCACCAGUAGGGUUGUAUUUAAACCCAGUCCAUCUGUUGCAGAAGAAAGUGAUGUGAUUAACCCACUUGAAGGGGACCAUCAUAAAGAAACCAGUGAGAAAUCUGCAGUAAACUUGGCUGAAAAGAGUGGAGAUGUGCAAUUGGUGCCACACCAACCCAAACUGGAUAUUUCAGAGAGGACAGCAGAUCAGACGUCACUUGAUGAGGGAUUAAGGGGCUCAGAGAAUGAGAUUAAUGUGUCCUCAUCACAAGGUGUCACUCAACUUUCAGAUGUCAAUGCUAAUGUUACAAACAGUGAAGCAUCCAUUGAACCUCAUGUUGAAAAUGAAAGUCCAGAGACCCUUGACGCAGUGGAUGGCAACUCACAAAGUGCAAUUGAAGAGCUGGAAGCCAUCAUGUCUGAAGAAACUGUAAUUGCUGCAGGGCAGAAAGAAAAUGGCCCAACAGAGGAAAUAGACGUCUCCAUGAUCCACCGAGACAGAGAGGCGUCGUUCCAUCUGCCCUGCAACGCUCAACACUCAGGAUCCUCACAGUCUUCAGCAUCUCCCAGUUUGCCCAGUAGAACCAGCAGUGCCACCAGCUGUCCCUCCGCAGCUCACAGAGACUCUGGCAGCGACAUAGAAAGCCUACUGAAUGCAGAGCCGGGAUAUGACAGCAUCUUCAGAAAGAACGAUGAACCAGUGACAGGAGGAGACAGUGCCAGCGAGGUUUCCGUCUCCUGUUCCUCCACAGACGACACCACCAGUGUUGGUCCAUCCAGUUCUAGUCCUGAGGGCAGCCAGGGCCUGGAAUGCAGCUGGAGCCCAGAGGAGGGCAUCCAGACUGGGGAUACUAUCACUGCUGGACUAGACAGUGGUGGUGGAGAGGGAGGAGGAGGAGGAGCGGGAGAAGCUGAAGAAGAGGCCAAAGACAGAGUGACGGAGGUGCUGCGGCGCUCCUGUCUCCUCCGGAACAGUAUCCGCUCCCUGUCGCCUCUUCGCCGUCACAGCUGGGGUCCUGGAAAGAACAACGGAGGAGACGCAGAGAUGAACCAGAGGAGUUCCAUCCGUAGUCCUGGUGAGGGGAAGCUGACCUUUCACAGGAGAAGCUACAGCCUGGAGGGGCUCAGUGGGGGCCAGGAAGAGCUGAGGGGCCCCACCAUCCAGGGGCCCCGAAUCCUGGAGCCUUCAAGGAUGCCUCGGCAUGACAGCGAUGACAGGGGAUCCCUGGUUUCUCUGACGGAGGAGCAGGAGGAGCUGGGCGAGCACAGCAGACUACAUGACCUGAAAUCAAGGCGAUAUCGGCCUCUGCGAAACAGCUGUUCUCCCAUGACCCUGCCCCUCACCAAGUCUGUUUCCAUGCUCGCCAUCAGCCAGAGAGACAUUGAUGGUAUGAGAUCGUUUUCCAGCGCCUCUGGGUCACUAGCACACAGUAUAUCAGAAGAGGAGCCUGGCCCACUGCGGAGCGACACUGAGGGAAAGAGUGUGACGAAAGUCAGCCGGACCUUCAGCUACCUCAAGAACAAGAUGUACAAAAAGACCAGGGAAAAGGAGAGAGAGAAAAAGGAGAAAGAGAAGGAGGGCAAGGAGAAGGACAAGAAAGCAAUUAAUGGUCAUCUAUUCACAACGAUCAGCUCGGGCCAGGCAACCCAGUGCUCCCAGUGCAAUAAGGCUUUCAACAGCAAGGAUGCUUACCAUUGCACACACUGUAAUGCUUCCGUCCACAAGGGCUGCAGGGACAGCCUGCCUGUUUGUGCCAAGGUGAAGAUGAAGUUGCCCAAACAGCAUUUUGCAGUACCAGAUUCAAGCUCAUUUUCUACAGUCACGAUGAGGAACAAAUCUGGUGGGACAAGGGAGCGCCCCUGGUCGGCCAUUUUGUCCCCCGAAGACCAUUCUUCCCUGAUGAUCCCAUCACCACGGAGACACACCAGCAUCAUGCCUUUCCAUGGCAACAACCUCUCCAAGAGUCUCUCCAUAAGCAACAUCGCCGGUCCGGUGUUUGAUGAGAUGCCCAUUAAAGGCCUGCGGUAUCUCUCCCAGUCUACUGACUCCCUCAACAGAACCAACCAGGUCACAGAAUCCAUGGAAUCGCUCACUGAUGAAGGUCAAUACACACACACCUCUACUCUGACAGCUGUCAAUCAGCUGGGAUCUGAGACUCCUCUGAUUGGAAAACUAAGGACAGAGAUGAUGGACGGGCAGCUGAUGGGGGAGUUUGAGGCAGAGGCCAAGGAGCUGGAAGCUGACUCGUGGAGUUUAGGUGUGGAGCAGCAGUACCUGCAGCAGUUGGACAAAGAGCUGGUGAAGAGACAGGAUGUCAUCUACGAGCUGAUGCAGACAGAAAUACAUCACAUCCGGACAUUGCGCAUAAUGUCAGAAGUCUACAGCAAAGGCCUGCAGAAGGAGGUCCAGCUGGAGCAGCAGACAGUGGAGAAGCUGUUCCCCGCUUUAGAUGAACUCCUGGAGCUUCACACACAGCACCUCCUCCGCCUCCUGGAGAGGAAGAGGGAGGGUCAGUUUGAAUGGGGCAGCUCGGAGGGAGGCUUCAUCAUUAACAGGAUAGGAGAUAUUCUGGUCAGCCAGUUCUCAGGAUCCAACGGUGAAAGCAUGAAGAGGGUUUACGGAAAAUUCUGUAGCCGCCACAACGAAGCCGUGAACUUCUACAAGGACCUUCUGACCAAAGACAAACGCUUCAAGGCUUUUAUCAAAAAAAAGAUGAGUAGCAGCAUUGUGCGGAGGCUUGGCAUCCCAGAAUGCAUCUUGCUGGUGACCCAGAGGAUAACAAAGUACCCUGUGCUGAUUCAGAGAAUGUUGCAGCACACUAAAGAAAGCGAGGAAGAGUACGACGACCUGACGGACUCUGUUCGGCUUGUGAAGGAGGUGAUUGCGGCGGUUGACAGCAAGGUGAACGAGCACGAAAAAAGACGUCGUCUGAAGGAAUUUCACGGCCGCAUGGACAGCAAGUCCAUCAUGAUGAUGAAGAGCGGUCAGAUUUUCGCCAGGGAGGAUCUGCUGAGGAGAAGGCUGAUCCACGAUGGAGUGCUGCAGCUGAAGAACAGCCAGGGAAGACUAAAGGAUGUCCACGCUCUGCUACUAUCAGACGUUUUCGUCUUCCUCCAAGAGAAAGACCAGAAAUAUGUCUUCGCCAUGCUGGACCAGCGCUCCACGGUCAUCUCCCUCCAGAAGCUGAUCGUGAGGGAGGUCGCAAACGAAGAGCGCGGCCUCUUCCUCAUCACGGCAGGGAUAGAGAAGCCAGAGAUGAUGGAGGUCCUGGCCGGCACGAAGGACGAGCGCAACACCUGGAUGCAGCUCAUCCAGGAAGCCAUGCAGUCCAUGGAGAAGGAUGAGGACGAAGGGAUUCCCAGUGAGACAGAAGAUGACAAGAGACAACUGGAGACUAAAGCCAAGGAGAUGAGAGAUCUGUUGAAGCAGAAGGACACAGAGAUCAUGUCUCUGCUGGAGGAGAAGGUGCGGCUCUUCAGGGGGAUGUGGGAGGGCUUGAACGCAGGCGAGGAGGCCUGCCGGCAGGCCGAACCUUUCUUCAGGUCAGCCUGCAGCCUGGAGCCGCCCAGGGGGGCUUCCGUCAUGAAGGAUGCCCUGCAGGAAGUGGAGACGUUACAGGCGCUAGUGAACGGGAGCCUAGGCGGGGCGAUGGCCAGCGUCCAGGAGGGAGGAGGCGCAGGGCCGGUAUGUUUGCCCCGUCGGGCCGAGACCUUCGGAGGAUUCGACAGUCACCAGAUGCACAGCAGUAAGAGUGGAGACAGAGACGAGAGCGAGGAUACAGCAGGAGAUCUGCGCAGGACGGAGUCCGACAGCGUUUUAAAGAAGGGAGGAAACGCCAACCUGCUGCUACUGCUGAAGAAGAACAGUGAGCAGGUCCUUAACAGUGUCUCCAAUCUGCAUCUCCUGCUCAGCACUCUCCAGGCUGUGGUGGUUCAGCAGGACAGUUUCAUAGAGGAUCAGAGACAGGCCCUGAGCGAGCGCUCCUCCUCCUGCACGUCCUUAUCGCGACCGACAUCGCGGCCCAGCUCGCUGAUUGAACAGGAGAAGCAGCGCAGCCUGGAGAAGCAGCGGCAGGAGCUGGCCUCCCUGCAGAGACAGCAGGCAGCUCAUGCUGAGGAGAAGAGGAGAAGGGAGAAGGAGUGGGACCUGAGGGAACAUCACCUGACUGAAAGGGAGGGGCUGGUGCACAUACAGCAGGAGGAAGAGGUCCUGAAGCAGCACAAGGAGCUGGAGGAACAGAAGCGUGAGCUGCAGAGUAAGAAGGAAGAGUACCAGAAAGACCUGGAGAGGCUGAGAGAUGCCCAGAGGAAGCUGGAGAGGGACAGAGAGGCUGUGCAGCGGCAGCUCGACAAGAUGCAGGAGGUCCGCAUGGCUGAGAGGACUCCCUCUACAACGUCGGAUGAAUUCCAGUUCCCCGGCAGCUCCCAGUCUCUGGAGCUGGACCCGCUGGAGCUCUCCUCUUCCUCCUCCUCCUCCCUGUCGAGACUGCAGCCCCAGCGGUCUAAGCCUAAAGGAAAAGGCCUCAAUCCCUUUACCUCAUCCUCCACCAACCUCAAGGGCAGCGACGCCAACAACCAGCUCUCGAAGAGCCUGCUGCAGCUGGCCAAGAACAAGAGCAAAGAGGGGAAGGAAAAGAAGAAGAAGAAGGGCAAAGGAGGGAACGCACAGACUGCAGACCCCCAGCACCUCCCAGAAUCUCCUCUGGAUGGUGAGAUCUACUGCUAAGAAAAGUGGCCACCUCUUCCUCAUCAUCAACCCAUCACAGCCGUUGUGACAUCCAGAGGAAUGUGUUACUGCCAAGUAGUAAUACAUCCAUCUUACAUACAUAAUACUGCAGUGUACUACCAGGCUUUUUGGCAGCAUUAAAAUCACCUUGAAAGGACUUUUAGUUGGCAUCAUAAUGUAACAUUACAAGCAAGAAAAAGACAGAACAUGUUUUUUCUUGCAUUUUUAAAUUAAGUUAGUUUCUGGAAAGUCAAAUAUUUUAGGCAUGCAUAUUUGAAAUACAAUCAUAGGCAACAUGGAAUAGCAGUAUAUUUUACCCUGUCUCCCUUUCCAAAGACUCCAUGGUUACAUGACAGAGGAUUAAUUUCUUCAUUUUGAAGAAUCAUAAAUUUGAGAUUGAGUAUCAAAUUGAAAGCAUUUCAAAGUCGAUUGCCUCACAAGCUCUGCCAAGUAUGUCACAGGCUUCACAGCGUCUCUGUUUCUGUUUGUUACGGGCCCAACUAGCCCCUUUUCCAACAGUCCGUCCUGUCAUUAAGUUCCACACCAACUGGCUGUUAUGUUCAUUUACAGAAGCCUUUUCCAUGUGACUCAAUCCACACGCAUACAAGGACACAGACUUCCCCAAAAUUCCACUUGGAAACCGAUAUGACUGUCAACAAGCUCCAUGUGGCACUGAAAGCUCCUCACUCCUAAUUAUCUUCAUUGAUAAUUAAUAGAAGGCUGAAACCACAGAGGAAAAUGUGUCCCGUGUUUUCAGUGUUUGCUUCAGUGUUUCGUUCCACUUUAAAAGGAAAUUGCUGCCUGACAUUCCUUUACUCACUAUUUGAAAAGCAGAUGUGAUUACGUCCCACUAAUUUUGCUUCCAGUUUGUAAGCAAAAUGGAAUUGGCACGAUACCUUCAGUAAUCCUCUGUAACGACUUUGUGACAUUAAAUCAUGAACCUUGGCUGGGUUUGAAUAUAUUUAAAGUAUCUAAAUCUCCAUUUUGGAGUGGGACUCUUCGGAUGUGCGUGUCUAUUUUCCAGACUCAACAGUAAAGAAAGGAUUGAGACGUAUCUCCCUGUGUCUAAUGGCUCAAUUCAUAUCCUUUAGUGUGUUUUAGAGCCUUAAUAUUAUAUGAUAUUAGCUUGAUCCUCACUUUAUCUGCCUGUCAAUGGGCUUUUAUGCAGCCCUCAUCUUUCAUCUGAGUGAUGACGAGCAGGGCUUUCCUUCGUUUUUUAAUUGCAUGUAACUCUGCAGGUAGCAUACUAAUGGCUUCUGUCUGUUAAAGAGUACAACUUUCUCUUUGAACCUCCCUCUUUCAGUUCUGAUAAUAGACUCAGUAGAUGGUUUUAGGAAAUGGGGGCUGUUAAUUUAGGGACAAAGCAGCUGGUUAGAGGAAAUGAGAAAGGACAUUAAUUAAAAAACACCAAAUGAUGUUAUCUGACUAAACUUUAAUGACUAAACCUGCUCAGCAGGUAUCGCCUGAGUCUCUGAUCAUUUCAAAUUAAUCAACACUCAUCAGUGUUGUUAAGCACUUUGGUCCUGAUAUGUUGAUGCAUUUCUUUUGUUAUCAGUGUGAGAUAUCAAUCAAGGAGAUCUUUGUAUUCUGUGGAACUUUUUAAUCGAGGGCACUGACAAUGAUCCAAAGUGAGAUAAUGUGUUAAAGGACAUAAAAGAUGCUGCGGUUCCAUUUUAUUAGUGUUUAAAAUGGUAAAAAAAAAAUUGGGUUGGUAGCUUUUAUGUAAUGUUUCUAAGGUGACCUGUCUUAAUUUUUAAGCCUGUGUUUUAGCCCCGCUGAGCCCAAAUUAGGGGCCACACAACUACCUGCUGGACAGGUAGGAAGUGAAAAUAGAGUUAAAAGUAAAAUAAACCACCUUUUCCAGUGAAUUACAGAGCAGCGCCACUGAACUGCUUUCUUGCUGCCUCUUUUGUCUCGUCUUUAAGUGCUUGUUUGUUAACUUGCCGUCUGUGUUGAGGAUUUGACUUCAUGUCCAGGCUGGUUUAUUAUAGUGUGUCUUCUAAGAGGCUUACAGGCCCAGCCAAUUAGUUGCUUCAUGUCUUUUGUUUAUGGCUUUGGUGUAAUCCAGUCAAAGAAACAGAGGAAUGGGCUUUUUUCCACCUGUCCCUUUAGAUGUGUUUUGACCACUAGGGAGCACUGCACCUAUGACUAAAUUAAUUCCCUCUCUCACACAACAAUAACCAGAAAAGUAUGAAACUAUUUUUUUUAAUUUCUUUUUAAAUAUAUAUAUAUAUAUAUAUAUAUAUAUAUAUAUAUAUAUAUUCUCCCUGCUGUGAGAAAUUGACAUAUUUUUCUCAGCAGGUCAUUGGCGUACAGAGAUAAUGUGAUGUGCGUGGGCUCUCACACUCUGUGACAUUUUCCCCACGGCAUUUGUAAUUGACUGAAGAAACAAAUAAGUUGUCAGAGAUUGUAAUUGGUUAUUCAGUGAAACCAGUCAGCAGCAGCUUUAAUAUGAAAAAAGACGGUCUAGCGGUUUGGAGGGAGCGACCGGGCAGAACCACAAACCUCUCUCUGUAAGGGACAAUCAGCAGACGCAAGUCAGGAAAAUGAACUCCCUCCCCGAUGAUGAUAGGCCUGUCCACAAGACGAGUGUGUCCAUCAGGUGAACCCUGCGUAGCCUUAAAUCUUAAUGAUAAAAUGCACUAGAGUAGAACCCAGCAUCUUCUCAGGAGAGAGAGGAGAGCUUUUAUACCUCUGCUUUCAAACGAAGGAAAUGUUUGUACUAUAAAAGUGGUACAGGAUAGUUUAAUUCCCAACAAUGUAAAAAAAAAGGGCAAAGACAAAUGUAAAUAUGAUUUAUGUAUAAAACAAAUCAAAUGUAAAAAAAAUUGUGUUUGUGAUUUAUUGCAACAUUUUGUAAGAAUGUUUUAUUUAUGUUUUAUUCUCACCCUUUGGGUGAUGUAAAGUCACAUUUCUCUCAUAAUAAAAAAAAAAUCAUAAUGGA